UAUUAAUCUGGGGAUCUGGGAUUGAUGGUGGUUACGUGGUUAGGCGGUAUUUGUAGGGUUUGUAGGCUUUGUAGCUUUUUAGGGUAGGGUGAACGGGGGUUGUCGGUUUUGGCCGGCUUGUGAUAGUAAUAGGGGCCUGUGCCGAUUUUGAUUCUUAGGUUGGCGAAAUUUUAAAAUACUACAGCAUUGUGUGCAAGGGUGAAAAAUAAAGUUGUCAAUGGAGCCUCAUAAAGUGAACCUGAAAAAUAAAAGCCACUCAUUUAGCGAACUGAAACGGCAGAAAAGCGAGAGAAAGAAGCGGAAAGAAGAGAAGUUGCUAAAAGUUAUCGAUGUUCGGAACGUGAAUAGAAAAUGUAGUAAUAAGGAACUUGGAAAUAAAACCCCCCAAAUUUGCACAUUAAGUAUAGCAGUGCCAGGGUCCAUUCUUGAUAAUGCCCAGUCUCCAGAACUCCGUACGUACCUUGCUGGGCAGAUUGCACGAGCAGCCUGCAUUUUUAAAAUUGAUGAAGUUGUGGUAUUUGAUGAUUUGGGCAGUAAGAACAUUGCUGAUAAUUCCAUACAAGAAAAUAGUGAUAAUGAAGGGAAGAUUGUGAGACGAUGUUGUAUUCAGUUGGCAAGAAUAUUGCAAUAUCUUGAAUGCCCACAGUACUUACGGAAAAGUUUCUUUCCUAUUCAUAAAGAUCUGCAAUACGCAGGCCUCCUAAAUCCAUUAGAUGCCCCUCAUCACUUGCGACAGAAUGAUGAAUUUGCCUUCAGAGAAGGCGUUACAACUAAUCUUCCAGUGAGAGCAGGCAAAGGUUCUGCUGUCAACUGUGGUCUACUCAAAGAUGUAAUUGUUGACAAAAGCCUAACACCCGGCAUCCGUGUGACAGUGAAACUUCUGCAGGCUUGUGAAGGCUCAAAAAAACUUCAUGGAAUAAUUGUACCACCAUCUCUGCCAUCUGCAGAGACUGGCGUUUACUGGGGCUACACAGUCCGGAUAGCACAGUCACUAGGGGAAGUCUUCUCACAAGCGCCAUAUCCUGAAGGAUAUGACCUCACCAUUGGAACUUCUGAGAGAGGGGACAAAACAGAUGACAUUCCUCUUAAAGGUCUUCCAUAUAAUCAUGCACUUAUUGUAUUUGGAGGUCUCCAAGGACUUGAGGCAGCACUGGAUAAUGAUGAAAUGUUGACAGUAAAUGAUCCAGCUCUGGUGUUUGACCAUUAUCUCAACACUUGCCCUGGGCAAGGGUCAAGGACAAUAAGAACUGAAGAAGCUAUUCUCAUUAGUCUUGCAGAACUACGGAUGAAGUUAGUUCCAAAAAUAAAUAGUACUGUGUAAAAAUAGUUGUAAGGAACUCACGUC